AUGAUGGAGUUUGAAAGUGCACAACAAUUUCUCAAGGGGAAGACCAUUUUAGUGACUGGUGCUACAGGCUUCUUAGCAAAAGGUAUCACCAUAACCACUGAAAAAUCAAACCAAAUACCUGGUGGAACCCACUCUUAUCGUCAACAAUCAUUCAGGCAAACCUCCUGUUCAUCAUAGAGAGAGAAUCAAUCCAAGCAAACUUCCGAAUCAAAGAAUCAAUGGAUCACAGAAUCAGACUCCCAACAAGAAGUAAUAUGAUGCCUAGUUCACCCCCUAUUCCCACCAACCCAAAUUCAAAUCUAGGGGAUGAAACUAACCAACAAAUAUCUAAACAUAUCAUAGAAAUAUACCAAUUAAAUCAGGGCAUUCAAAACAAGAGUGAAUAGAUUUAGAGGGAAGAUACCAAUUCCAGAAGUGAGGAUCCUAAAAAAGAUUAUUCAAUUCUAGCCAUUUCCAAAUCUUCUCCAUCCUCAACCCACGCCUUGAAUAUGUCAAAUCCAUCAUGAACUCAGAGGCAACUUUCUCAAUCUCAAAAUUCGAAUCAUUGCCUCUAUUGAAAUUCUCGGAAAGCCUGAACAUGCCAAACACAAAGCCAUCGAUUCAUCCCUCAAAACCUCGAGUUCAGACUUGGAUUCAAGCCUCUCCAACCUCAAUUUGCUCAUCAAUGUUGCCGAAGGCAUUGUUCUCUCACUUGGAGAACUCUCUAGAAUGAGGGAAGGGGAUGUUCUAGCAGAGCAAGUCUAUGCAUUAUUGAGAGUUCACUCACACCCCAUUAUAAUUUAUCCAAUUUUUAUAGAGAAGUUAUUAAGGACUCAGCCUGAUUUGAAGAAAUUGUAUCUUCUUCUAAGAGCUUCUGACUCAAAUGCAGCUACACAGCGCUUGCAUGAUGAAAUCAUGGGAAAGGAAUUGUUUAGGGUUCUUCGAGAUAAGAUGGGGGCAGAUUUUGAUUCUUUCAUGUCAGAGAAGGUGAAAGCCAUUGCAGGUGAUGUUUCUCUUGUGAACUUGGGACUUGAUGAAAAUGUCAGAAACAAAAUUACAGAAGAAAUAGAUGUUAUAGUGAACUCAGCUGCAACUACUAAGUUUGAUGAAAGAUUUGAUCUUGCAUUGAGCAUCAACACAAUGGGUGCCUUACAUAUUUUAAACUUUGCAAAGAGUUGUCCUAAAAUACAAGCUUUUCUCCAUGUAUCAACAGCUUAUGUGUGCGGAGAAGCUACAAAUGAGAAAGUGGUUAAAGAAGAACCAAUUAAGAUGGGUCAGACAAUAAAAGGGAAUUCAAAAUUAGACAUUCAAUCAGAGAAAGAAUUGAUGGAGAAAAGAAUGAAGAAGCUUGAAGCAGAGAACGUUGGUGAAAAGGCUAUGACUUCUGCAAUGAGUGAUUAUGGAAUGGAAAGAGCAAACUUCUAUGGAUGGCCAAACCCUUACGUAUUUACAAAGGCAAUGGGAGAGAUGAUUCUGUCAACUUACAAAGAUAAUGUGCCCUUAAUCAUCAUACGUCCUUCCGUGAUAACAAGUACAAUCAAAGAACCCUUCCGUGGAUGGAUUGAAGGUUUCAGAACAAUUGACAGUAUAAUUGGUGGCCAUGGUAAAGGAACAAUAUCAAACUUUCUUGGCGAUCCUACGACAAUAAUGGGUGUGAUACCUGUGGAUAUGGUGACAAAUUGCAUGGUGGCAGCAACGGUGAUUCAUUCCAUUAAUCAAGAUUUAGAGAAUUUCGUCUACCAUGUUUGUUCUUCAUCCAGAAAUCCUAUCAGACUUUCAAAUGUCUGUGAAUUCUCGAAUCUUUAUUUCUCGAAAAACCCAUUGACCAACAAAACUGGAUCGCCAAUAACGAUCUCAAAGUUAAGAUUUUUGUCAGAUCUGGAUUUUCAGACACUCUUGAUCAUCCAAUAUGUGCUACCACUAAAGGUGUUAAAUUUGGUGAGCAAUGCGUUUUUCCAUGUCUUCGAAGAUUGGUACAGUAUCGACGACAAAAGAGUCCAAUUGUUGAUAAGAAUGGCUAAACUUUUCAAACCAUAUUUGUUUUUUAAGGCAGUGUUCGAUGACACCAACACACAAAAAUUAUCUAUGAUAACGAAGAUGGAGAAUGUUGAAUUCGACCCCAAGAGCAUUGAUUGGACAGACUAUAUGAUGAAUGUUCACAUUCCUGGCCUCGUCAAGUUCGUAAUUAAGUUAUUUCCUAAAUUAUAGAAAUAUUGGUCAGGAUAUAAGAACAUUUUUAUGUAUUGAGGCGCAGUUUAAUUUACCAGUGAGUGUCAUGUGUGGUGUGUAUAGAGAAUAAAUGAUUGAAUAAUAUGCAUAGGGUUGUCCUCGUUUUCCAAAAACA